AUGACGAAUGCAACAUCUUUAGCACCGAGCCCCUGUGCCGCUGCCACCUUCACAACUCCUGGUCUCUUUGGUGCGAACUUUACUUCUCUUUCAGCCAACCUCGUUACGAAUUACAGCUUCCCUGUCCCCGAUGGCUGGCGUUAUUCCCAGCCUUCCAUCCACGUACAGGAUGCAUCCUUCCGCAACAUCACCGUUUCGUACACGCACCCUGGGCAGAACGACACGCUCUAUGUCGAAACAUGGCUUCCUGACAAGAAUUAUAACGGCAGAUUGCAAUCCAUCGGCGGGGGUGGUUGGGUGCCGGGUCGUUUCAUCCUGACAUACGGCGGCAUGAUCGGAGCUUGGGGUAUUCUCAGUCCUGGAAACACAAACCUGUAUGCGCUCCAAAACUUGGGUUCUGUGUCACUAAAGGACGAAUCCGUCAGUGCGAAGCAUUUCAUUCAAAACUACUAUGGCGAGCAACCUAAAUACUCUUACUGGAAUGCUUGUUCGCAGGGCGGAAGACAAGGUUCCAUGAUUGCACAGCGCUAUCCUGAUGCCUACGACGGCAUCAUCGCCGCGGCCCCAGCUUUGCAUUGGUCUGAGGUUGUUCUCCAGAGCAUGUGGCCGGCUUUCUAUAUGGCGAACACCAACCAGUUCCCCAACGCUUACCAGUUGAACGGACUCACCGUUUUAGCGACUGAGGAGUGUGACAAAUAUGAUGGGGUCGAAGAUGGUCUCAUCACAGACCCGGAUGCAUGCUUGCGCAGGUUCAAUGCCACUGCCCACAUCGGGGAGGUUUCUAAGUACAACUGCACCACUUACAAUGGUACGCAGAUCAUUGACGCCGCGACUGUUGAUGUUGCUCGUGCUUUGUGGUCAGGACCUGUCUCUUCCACUGGCAAGCAAUUCUGGUAUGGCUACAACAUCGGUACCGAUUUGUCCUCUCUCGCCGCGACAAACUGCAACACGCUUGGCAAAUGCAGCGGCAACAACUACUCGAUCACAGCCGUGAUUGAUGCGACAUUCGUAGCGAAGGGUAGCCCCAUCAACAUCACAGACGACAAUGUCUCGCACGAACGCUUCGACCACGUCUACCUCUCUUUCAAGAAGCAGUUCGAUUCCCUGAUUGGGGCUGUUGAUCCAGAUUAUUCCGAGUUCAAGGAAGCUGGUGACAAGACCAUCACGUACCACGGUCUUGCUGAUCCUUCGAUCUCUCCCAAUGGGACCCUCUCAUUUUACAAGGAUAUCUCCGAUACUGUUCCUGAUACACCUUCAUUCUACCGUUACUUUAGUGUGCCAGGUCUUGGCCACUGCUGGGGCGGUAACGGUGGGCAGCCUGUGGCUCUGUUUGAUCAAUUGCGCGCGUGGGUCGAAAACGGCACGGCGCCCGAAAGCACGCCAGUGACAAUCACAAAGCCGGACCAGUCGAAGAUGCAACAGCUGCUGUGUGCCUGGCCCAAGAAGGCGGUGUUCGCGGAGGGAUGUGAUGUUAACGGUGACGUGACUACCGCCUGUUGGAGCUGCGAGUAG